GCUUACGGUCACACACCUCUAAUCUGAAGUGCAACCGAAAGACAACAAAUUCGCAACGUUUUAGUCAUAUUUUUGCAUUUAACUGUUAAACAAAUACGUUUUAUUACUGGGGAUGUCAGAGCUGCGCUCCAAAGUUAUUACUCUUUACAAGCACUUACAGUACCUGGGCCGUGAUUACCCCGGCCUGAAUGGGCCGCAAAAGUUUCGCAAACAAAUCCAUGAUGCGUUCAUAAACAACAAGGAUGAGCGCGAUCCUAAAAAGAUCGUGGCUCUCCUGGCCCAAGGACGUUACCUCGCCAAGGAGGUGGAAGCGUUGUAUUCGCUGAAAAAAUACCGCACCGUAAAGCAGCGUUACAGCUACAAUGACUAGAGAGUGACCGAAAGAGAGAGAGAGAGAGGUGAAAGGCGGAAAUGCAAAAGGACUGAAAACCAGAACGAGAAUGAGAACGGGAAUAUGAUACAGCCAAUGUAUUGUUUUUGUUUAAACAAAGACAAAAGACCCGCACCCAACACACAAAAAUACACACACACACACCCACUAAAUAUUAGUUUCGAAUGUCUUGUCAAUGUUUAACUGUAAGUUAAUGUUGAAUAAAAAGUGCAAAACAGUCAUUGGAUAACGCAAGCCAAAAAAAAAAACAGAAGACACAUACAAACAAA